CUUGCCAGGUCAAGACGGGGAGGUAGCAGGGCGUGGGCUUCCCAUGCGGCGGAAGGAGAAGCGGAUCCUGCAGGCUGUGGGGCUGGCUGUGGCCGCCCUGCUAUUCCUGCCUAACGUGGGUCUGUGGUCACUGUACCGGGAGAAGCAGCUGGAGAGUGCGGGAGCCAGGGACUUGGAAAAGGCAAGAGGGGAGGUUUUAUUUGUCAAGCCAAGGGAUGAGAAAGUCAACGAAAAAGUACCUGAAAAGAAAGACUGGCACAACUAUGAGCAAAUUAGGAAAGAAAGUGAACAAAUAGGGAACGGGGAGCAGGGAAAGCCUUUCCCAAUGACAGAUGCAGAUCAUGUGGACCAAGCUUACAGAGAAAAUGGAUUCAACAUAUUUGUCAGCGAUAAAAUCUCUCUUAAUCGGUCUCUUCCAGACAUCAGACAUUCCAACUGCAAGAACAAGUUUUAUUUUUCGAAGUUGCCGAACACAAGCGUCAUCAUUCCCUUUCAUAAUGAAGGAUGGUCCUCACUCCUGCGCACAGUGCACAGCGUACUUAACCGGUCGCCCCCAGAACUCAUUGCAGAGAUUGUGUUGGUGGAUGACUACAGUGACAAAGCCCAUUUGAAGAGCCGCCUGGAAAAGUACAUGGCUAACUUCCCCAAAGUGAAAAUUGUGCGCACAAAGAAAAGGGAAGGGCUGAUUCGAACUCGCAUGUUGGGUGCCACUGUGGCCUCAGGAGAGGUCCUCACUUUCCUGGACUCUCAUUGUGAAGCCAAUGUCAACUGGCUUCCACCUCUGUUAGAUCCCCUUGUCCAGAACUACAAGACUGUUGUGUGCCCCAUGAUUGACGUUAUCGACAGUGACAAUUUUGGAUAUGUAACACAAGCCGGAGAUGCAAUGAGAGGAGCCUUUGACUGGGAGAUGUUCUACAAACGGAUCCCUAUCCCUCCUGAGUUACAGAAGGGAGACCCCAGUGAUCCAUUUGAUUCUCCAGUCAUGGCUGGCGGGUUGUUUGCAAUAAACAGAGAAUGGUUCUGGCAGCUUGGAGGAUAUGACCCUGGCUUGGAGAUUUGGGGUGGGGAACAGUAUGAAAUUUCUUUCAAGGUGUGGAUGUGUGGCGGCCGAAUGGUGGACUCUCCUUGUUCCAGAGUAGGCCACAUUUAUAGAAAAUAUGUACCAUACAAAGUUCCUGCUGGCGUCAGCCUAGCGAGGAACUUAAAGAGAGUUGCGGAGGUUUGGAUGGAUGAGUAUGCAGAGUAUAUAUACCAGAGGCGCCCUGACUACAGGCACUUGUCGGUUGGUGAUGUUGCAGCGCAGAAGGAGCUGCGCAGGAAACUGCAAUGCCGGGACUUUAAAUGGUUCAUGAAUGAAAUAGCUUGGGACCUGCCUAAAUACUAUCCUCCAGUGGAACUGCCCCCAGCUGCUUGGGGAGAGAUUCGUAAUGUAAGGAUGGACAUGUGUGUGGGCGUAAAGCAUGUCACUUCUGGCACUGAAAUCCGCCUGGAAGCUUGUAACAAAGGACGCAAUAGUGAUACGUGGGGAGCCAGACAGGUGUUCACUCUGGGUUGGAGAGAAGAUAUACGCCCUGGGAUCCCACAGCACACUAUGAAGUCUUGCUUCGAUGCCGUGUCGCAAACUAGCCCUGUCACCCUCUUUGACUGUCAUGGCAUGAAGGGCAACCAACUGUGGAAAUACAGAAGGGAUAAGACUGUGUAUCAUCCGACUAGCAACAGCUGCAUGGAUUGCAAUGAGGGCGAGUACAAGAUCUUCAUGAAUAAGUGCAACCCCUCCUCGCCGACGCAACAAUGGACUUUUGAACACAUCAAUUCCACUAUACUAGAGGCCUUUAACAGAAACAAGGACUUAUAAUAGAGGGAGAAAUAUACAGAUAUAAAUAGGAAUAUAUAUAUUUUAAAUCUAUAUUUUUUACUGGUUGGGGUUUUUUUUGACGGGGGCAAGAAGAUUUUUAUAUGUGAGUGUUGGAUAAAGGGAUAUUUUGGAA